CGCCGCCACCACCACAAGGGUUUUGUUGCCGCCACUUGUGCCACCGAGGGCGAUCACGAAGAGAGAGAGAGAAGGAGAUCGGGCAGGAACAGGGGACCGAGGGCGGGGGAGCGCAACAGGGGAGGCCAUUGCCGCCUGUCACCGUCGCGUGCCUCUACUGCGUCACCACCGCGCCUUGCCUCGCCGCCGUUGACCUCUCCAUAGUCCACUGCCGCCGGAGCUCAUGCCAUCGCCGAUUGAGCACCACGAAGAACAGCGCCGCGUGAAUCAGAGAAAGGGGAUGCCUUUCUGUCUCUGCUCCUGGGUUUUGGAUUCUGACCAGGCGCCACUGCCGCUGUGGAGUUAGUGUUGCUCUGGUCUUGUCCUGACUCCAUUGGAACCGCCGUGCCCAGACAAGCCGCCGCUGUGCUCCUUGCUGCAGUAUCGCUGCUGUUGCUCAUCUUCCGGAGCUGCAGCUGCUGGGGUUCUGCCACCGGUCUGAUCUGAGGGAGAGGAGAAGCGAUNGGAAGAGCAGGCACGGAGCUAUUGCCGCUGCUGCCAGCUCCUGGAUGCCAUUCAAGCCGCCGCUCCUGCCGCCGUCGCCGGAGAAGUAUGCCGUUGAUCCACCGGAGCUUCUGGCCGCCACCAGAGCUGUUGCCGGGGGCCGGUUCAAAAUCGCAGCUGCUUUGUGUUGUUAUUCCGUGUUGCUAUGGUUAUUGCGAAUGUGGCUUGAAGCUGAGGUUGCAGUUGUUGUUGAUUUCGGGUUGAGGCGGAAAGGACUCUGUGACGCGUUUGGGUUAUGGAAUUGCAUUUUGAGGGUGACAGGGCACCGAUACCCUCUAAUGGCGACAGGGCGCAGAUACCCUCUAAUGGCGACAGGGCGCAAAUACCCUCUAAUGAUAAUAAUGCGCAACAGAGAGACUGUGUCCGGGUUAGCUACCGGACACGUCGGGUUGGCUUGGUAACCGACAGAUGAUAUCAUCAGCCACUAGGGACAGGCAUGCAUCAUAUGCAUCUAUGUGUCAUUGUUUGGGUAUGCAUAUUGUACUUGGUUUGCCUAUGUGAUUAACUGCUAAUUGUUCUACUUGCAAUAACUGUUUGUUUGUGUUUGCAUCUUCCUACUUGUGUUUGCUUCUGGAACUAUGUUGGAUUGUGGUGGAUUGGUUGUGGUUGGAUUGUUUGGGCCUAGGGCCGUGGUUGAAUGAGAUGGACCGAUGGUUGAUUUCGGUUUUUGUGGUUCUGGUUUGGAAUAAGAUAUGAAAGGUUAUUUUGGUUCAGUAUAGAUAAACCUUUUUGAAAUGUUUUGAUGUUUUGAAAAUUGAACGGUUCCUCUUUCAGAAAAGAUUUCUGACUUUACGUUUAUUGUAAAUUAUUGUUUUUG